UAUUCAGGAAGUUCAUCGUGUUCAGCGCGUUUUGUGUAUAUGCUUAUUCAGUUGCCAAUCGGCAGUCAGUCACGCUGAAUGAAAAAUAGAGUUAAUGUAACUGUCAGAGAUGGCCACCACGGAGAAAGAAACCCCUGCUAAAAAGGCUGCUGCGCCUUCAGUAUCUCAGAUAAAUGCAGAAUAUGUCACACAGUUGGCUAAUAAAUAUUGGGCUCCUCAUGCAAAGAAUAAACUACCCUUUGACCCUAAGGUCAUGGAGGACAUCUAUGAAAAAGAGAUUCUCAUGUCUAAAUUUGCCAUUAGAAAAAUUAUGCUGCUUGAAUUCAGUCAAUACCUUGAAAACUACCUUUGGGUGAACUACACACCAGAGGUGUCCAGCAAAGCCUACCUUAUGUCCAUUUGUUGCAUCGUGAAUGAAAAAUUUAGAGAGAACGUACCAGCUUGGGAGGUGUUUAAGAAGGAGCCCAACCAUUUCCCAUUCUUCUUCAAAUGUGUGAGGGAAGCUGUGUUAACAGGUGAGGAGGCAGGCCUCACCCUGAAGGAACAAACUGUGCUCCUGGUCUUCCUGGACCACUGUUUCAACAGCCUGGAGGUGGAUUUGAUCAGAGAACAGAUGCAGCAGCUCAUAUCUCUGCCAAUGUGGAUGUGCCUCUUACCAUCCAGACUCCAACACGAGCUGAAAAAAGUCCCAAAGCUGCAGAAGUUCUGGAAUCUAAUCAAGAAGAAAUUUGAUAAGACGGAUGCUGACUCAGCUGAACAGGCAGCCAAAGAGAGGACCUUUCUCUCAGCUCUUAUUAAAAAGUUUCUUGGAGUCCUCGUGUCAAUUCCACCAUCAGGGCCUGUAUCCAUGGACAAAGUACAUUACUGCGAGAGAUUCAUUGAGCUCAUGAUUGAUUUGGAGGCUCUUCUGCCCACCAGACGCUGGUUCAAUACAGUGAUGGAUGAUGCUCAUCUGGUGGUCAGCUGCCAUCUCUCUGGCCUCACCAAAAGAGAGAAGGAGGGGCAUCUUUUCUGCCAGCUUCUGGACAUGCUCAAGUUCUAUGCUGGUUUUGAGAUUAAUGACCAGACAGGAAAUGCCCUGACUGAGAAGGAGAUGACCACUUUGCACUAUGACAGAAUCACCUCACUGCAGAGGGCAGCUUUUGCUCAUUUCCCAGAGUUGCAUGACUUUGCUUUGUCCAGUGUUGCAGCAGUGGACACGCGAGAAUCUUUGACCAAACUCUUUGGACAUCUCAGUCCCAACAUGCUCCACCGGGUGGCCUCAUAUCUGUGCUUGCUGCCAGAGCUUCCAGAAGGACAAGACACCACCAUUGAGAAAGAAGUUCUCCUUGAGUUGCUGGUGUCCCGACAUGAGCGCAGAAUCUCUCAGAUUGAGCAACUGAACCAGAUGCCCCUUUAUCCAACAGAGAAGAUAAUCUGGGAUGAAAACAUUGUCCCUACAGAGUACUACUCAGGGGAAGGCUGUCUAGCUCUACCAAAGCUGAAUCUCCAGUUCCUGACCCUCCAUGACUACCUUUUGAGGAACUUUAACCUCUUUCGUUUGGAGUCCACUUAUGAGAUCAGACAAGAUAUAGAGGAUGUGGUUUGGAGGAUGAAACCAUGGCAGUCAGAGUAUGGCGGUGUUGUUUUUGGGGGCUGGGCUCGGAUGGCUCAGACCAUCACCUCUUUUUCAAUAGUAGAGGUCGCCAAGCCCAACAUUGGAGAGAGCUGGCCAGCUCGUGUACGGGCUGACGUGACCAUUAACCUCAAUGUCCAAGAUCAUAUCAAGCAUGAGUGGGAAGGUUUGAGGAAGCACGAUGUUUGCUUUCUUAUCACAGUGCGGCCCGUCUUACUCUACGGCACACGCUUUGACCGGCGCCAGUCCUUUGUAGAUCAGACUGGCCUGGUGUACGUGAGAGGCUGCGAGGUACAGGGUAUGCUGGAUGACAAAGGUCGUGUCAUUGAAGAAGGACCGGAACCAAAGCCUAAGCUGCGUGGGGACACCAGAACGUUUCGUGUGUGGCUGGACCCAAACCAGUAUCAGCAGGACAUGACCAGCAGUAUUCAGAAUGGCACCGAAGACCCAUAUGAGACUUUCAACAUCAUCAUGAGACGCAAACCCAAGGAGAACAACUUCAAGGCGGUUCUGGAAACCAUCAGAAACCUGAUGAACACAGAAUGUGUUGUUCCAGCCUGGCUCCAUGACAUCAUCCUAGGCUAUGGUGACCCAGGCAGUGCCCACUAUUCCAAGAUGCCAAAUCAAAUCUCUACUUUGGACUUCAAUGACACCUUUCUGUCCCUGGACCACUUACGGUCAUGUUUCCCUGAGAACAAUGUAAAGGUCUCAGAGGAGAACCCUGAACUGCAAGUCCCUCCUUUCAGAAUCAAGUUUCCUAUCUCAAACAAACCAGACAAAGGGAAGAAGAGAAAGGCUGAUGAAGAAAUCAAAGAGAAGGAGGAAGACAAGACCUUGACUGUUGAACCCUAUGUCACCCCCAACCGUGGGCCCUACCCAUACAACCAGCCCAAACGGAAUACAAUUCAGUUCACGCCAACUCAGAUUGAAGCCAUUCGAGCUGGGAUGCAGCCAGGACUUACCAUGGUUGUGGGACCACCAGGCACCGGAAAAACAGAUGUUGCUGUUCAGAUCAUCUCAAAUCUCUAUCACAAUUUUCCAGAGCAGAGGACCCUCAUAGUCACACACUCCAACCAGGCUCUGAACCAGCUGUUUGAAAAGAUCAUGGCUCUAGACAUAGACGAGCGCCACCUUCUGCGUCUGGGCCACGGAGAGGAAGAGCUGGAAACGGAGAAGGACUUCAGCAGGUAUGGGAGAGUGAACUAUGUCCUAGCUCGAAGACUGGAGCUUCUUAGAGAGGUGGCAAGAUUACAGGAGAGUUUGGGUGUCCCAGGAGAUGUGUCUUACACCUGUGAGACAGCUGGGCACUUCUACCUCUAUCAGGUAAUGUCUCGCUGGGAGGAGUACAUGAGCAAAGUCAAACCUAAACAGGGCAUGCAGGUAGAGGUGGAGGCUGUUGCUGCAUACUUUCCCUUCCAAAAGUACUUUUCCAACGCACCCCAGCCUGUGUUCAAGGGCCGAUCGUAUGAGGAAGACAUGGACAUCGCAGAGGGCUGCUACCGCCACAUCAAGAAAAUAUUUACCCAGUUAGAGGAGUUUAGGGCCUUUGAGCUGCUGAGGAGUGGACUGGACCGCUCGAAGUAUCUGUUGGUGAAGGAAGCCAAAAUCAUUGCUAUGACCUGCACACAUGCUGCACUCAAACGUCAUGACCUGGUGGAGCUGGGAUUCAAGUAUGACAACAUUCUGAUGGAAGAAGCUGCGCAAAUUCUUGAGAUCGAGACCUUCAUCCCUCUGUUGUUACAGAACCCAGAGGAUGGAUACAGCAGGCUAAAACGUUGGAUCAUGAUUGGAGACCACCACCAGCUGCCCCCAGUCAUCAAGAACAUGGCCUUUCAGAAGUACUCCAACAUGGAGCAGUCUCUCUUCACCCGAUUUGUGCGCCUAGGAGUACCCACCAUAGACUUGGAUGCACAGGGCCGUGCACGCGCAAGUCUUUGUAACCUUUACAACUGGCGCUACAAACAUCUUGGGAACCUGCCUCAUGUGCAGGAACUUCCAGAGUUCCAGGUGCCCAACCCUGGCCUCAGCUUUGACUUUCAGCUAAUUAAUGUGGAGGACUUCAAUGGGGUGGGAGAAUCUGAGCCAAAUCCUUACUUUUACCAGAACUUGGCUGAGGCGGAGUACUGUGUGGCUCUCUACAUGUAUAUGCGUCUGCUGGGGUACCCUCCAGACCGCAUCAGCAUCCUUACAACCUACAACGGACAAAAACACCUGAUCAGAGAUGUCAUCAACCAACGCUGUUCUGGAAAUCCAUUCUUUGGCCAGCCUCACAAGGUUACAACUGUGGACAGGUUCCAGGGUCAGCAGAAUGACUACAUCAUCCUCUCACUGGUCCGCACCAAAGCUGUGGGACAUCUAAGGGAUGUGAGGCGUCUGGUGGUAGCCAUGUCAAGAGCCAGAUUGGGUCUGUACAUCUUCGCCCGGGUGUCACUGUUCCAGAACUGCUUCGAGCUGACUCCUGCCUUCAACCAGCUCACUGCCCGACCGCUGCAGCUGCACAUCAGACCACACGAGUACUACAACCAGGAACAACCUAGAGAUGCAUCUGGACAGGCUGACCAAGUUGUGAAGAACAUGCCAGAGAUGGCAAACCUUGUGUAUAAUAUGUACAUGCACAUGAUGCAGACCUCACAGAAGUAUAGACAGCAGCAACAGCAGAAACUGGCUCUGCCUCCACAGCAGAGUGAGACAGAUGCUGAGGUUGUGAAGGCACAGGACACCUCUCUGGAGCCACAGGAAGAAACUCCCAUGGAGCAGGAAAACACAGGAGAAGCAAGCUCUGAGCCAAACAUAGAGGACACAAAGGAGAGGGAGGGAGAGCAGGAUCCACAAGACCAUACAAAGAUGCCGGAGCACCCAGGCAGAGACAGCGACAGUGAUGGGGAGGACAACACAGAGGAGGAAGCGCAGUAGAGGACCCUUUGUGGGACUACUACUGAGGGACCAAGUUGUUCUCUUUAGAUAAAAUGUAGUGAGGUAAUUGAAUCUGAAUCUGUUUUCUACUGAAAGAGAUCCAAAUGGUGUUUCAUUAUUUUUUAAAAAUGUGUCAUUGCUACUAUCAUUACUUUAUUAAAAAAAAAGAAAGAAAUCCUUUUUUCUGUGGUGUGUUUAUUUAUAUGAAUGUCUAAGCUGAUAAUAAACUUAGUGCCUCUGAUCUUUAUAUCUCUCUUAUACGCUCACUCUAACAAAUAGCCCACAGUCAACAUAUUAAGGCUUUGUAAAAAUCUCUUUGUCAUGAUACGUGCAUCCAUUCAUCUGCUUCCCUCCUCUGUGUGAAGCACAACUCCAAUCUGAUUGGCUCAACCUAUACCAGCAGCACAAGCUGAUAUUAAGCUGCAUUUGUAGGUCAGUCACUUUACCCAAGAGCCAGUGUGCAUGCUGGGGGAUUUUAACUCACCCUCUGGAAGUACAGUCACUCAACCAGCAACAUUAAAUCCUCUACCAUUCAUAUUGUGUGUGCGGUACUAUUGACAUCGUGAGCUGCAGGGCAGUUAACAUUAGCUGGAUCAUUGUUAUGAAUAAAGAUUACUGACUAAAUAUAAAAACAAUAUUUGAGUUGGCAUCAAAACAGACACAUGAAAGCCAAUGUAAACUAGGUCUCUGUAAUUUAAACAUUAAUUAAAAUGAAGAGGUUAAUGCAGUCCACAACCCUGCAGGCAAAACACAGACUAGAAAUUUAUUCAUUAUCAUGCACCAGAGGUUAGUUGUUGUUGCAUCAUACCUCAGGCUUGUCGACAGAACAGGUCAGCAGCAGCACAGCUGCUUGUGCCUGGGCCAGAUGAAGACCUGAUGGAGAACCAUGUGUUGAUGGAUGUGGAGAGACACAUUUUUUGCGCUCAGUCAAGUGAGGAGCCAUGAAAUGUCUUUUGUUUCUCCCUGUUGUGCAAGUACAGGGCACCCUGGGUAAAGGUUUACAACAGCGUUUUAUAGCAGCUGAGGAAAGAAUUAAGAUGACAUGUUAAAUCAAAAAGUUCUUUGUUAGCUGAAGCAGCAUCUAUGAUUUACUUGACAAAGAUUUUCAGAGCCAUCUUGAAGCAUAUGCAGCAGGAUAAUGUAAGUAAAGCUUUUUGAAUGUGGCAACAAAUGCAGGCAGAAUUAAAUGCAGCCUCCACACAAAUGCACCAACUAUUUUACAGGAUCACCAAAUAGCCUUAAAUCUCAUGACACCGAGCAUAUUUUUUUUCUUGAGUCACAUGAAUGCCUGCAUUGUGUAAUACCCCCCUCCCUCAAGCCUUCCUGUUAACUUUCUGUUUUCUCCCAGUUGGCCUCAUGACAUUUCAGCUGCCUGUGGUACCUUGUUGUAGUAAAUUAGAACUAACUGGUGGGAAGUGGCUGCUGCUCACACUCAUCAUCUCUCGAAGCCUCAAGCAAGAUCUUGGAGAUUUGCUACACACAAGAAGGAAAGCAGGCGCUCGCUUUGUCCUGAACCCUUUCUCUGCUGAAGACUAGGAUGGCCAGUUGUGGGACAUGUUUCUGGUGCGUCAUAUGGCUGGUGGUACUCCUGGUCAUUGGCUGGCCCAUUAGCAUCACCUUAGGGGGUCUCUAUGGCCUCAUCAGCCCCCUCACCACUUGCCUUGGCCUGGACCGACUGUCUGAUUUACUCCUGGAGGGGGCCAAUGUGGGCCGAACCUGUGCCAACAACAUGAGGCAUGGCAAGCCUUUGUGUUGAGACCCAUCCUGACUGAUCUGGAGCAGAUAACACUAGAGUCAAAGUCAACAUACUUGCUUUUGUAUGGUGCAAAGGACUAACUUUGAAAGAACUGUAACUGUGUGUUUUGUGCAGAAAUAUCUUAUGAUGACUGUUGUUUAAUACACGGAAAUCUUUUUUUUUUUUUUUGCAAUCCAAGUAAAGAAAAGUCUGGAAGGUCUGGAAAAUGAGUUCCACUCCUACAUUCAAUUAACCUGGGAUUUAAAAUUUGUAUGGGGUUUUCAAGAAGAAAAUAGGCUUUGAGUUCAUGGUCUGCGUUCACUGUUUAAUUCAUGAUGACCCUGCAUGCAGAAGAUAAGAAUGAAAAUUGCAAUUUAACAAUGGAAAUGUUUAGAAUUGUAAAUGACUAUGAAAACUUAUAACGUGAUUAAAACUGCUUUGAACUUGU